AUGCUAACCACAUUCUGGCCACACACAGAAUACGCCGAAGACCAACCCUUCCCCAAACUCAUCCUCACCAGCCACGUCCUCGACCGCAGCUUCCAAGCCGGUUCCCUCCUCGGAAGCACUACCGGGCUCAUUCGAAUAGGACUCCUAGCCUAUCAACCAACCUCCAACAACAAAUUCUACACCAGAUAUAUCAUCCCCCCAGGAUCAACCCCAGCUACUCUCCUUAUGCGAUCGACAGGCACAGGUGCCGUCAUCGGUCUCGGGGCCAUGGCUGCCAUGCUACCAUAUUAUCUGGUGAAAUGGGACCCGAUUGAAUGGCAAGAUCGUAGUUGGAGAUUGCUGGAGAACCCGGGGCAGGUGGAGGUGGAUACGUGGGGGUUUGCGGGUGCGGUGAUGGGGGUAACGGGGUUGGUGGUUCUGGCGAGGCGGAAUGGGAGGAUGUUUCAGUUGACGGGGCAUGAGGAGGUUUCGUCGUUGGUUUUGCUCAGAGCUCUUGGGUGGAGGAAUGUUUUUGCUAGUGCUGGGAUGGGGAGUUUGUCCGGGGUUCUUGGGUAUUUGGGGUGGAGGUAUGGGGUUAUGGGUGGGAAGAGGUAA